GAGCCAAGUUCUCUCACCGUGGCUAUAAAUCCACCAAAUGCAGGCAGCUGUGGGUGAGCCUGUGGACCUCACACAGCCCGUGAGGCAGAGCGAGGCCCGAGGAAAGAAGGGAGCACUGCAAGAUUCUGGACAGACGUUGAUGUGAAACUUUCGGAGGAUGCUCCUGCAGGGCAACCUGUCAGCUCCCAACGGCACAGGCUCUGAUCCAUCCGUGUUCUUCCUGACGGGAAUCCCAGAGCUGGAAGCUCUGCACCCCUGGAUCUCCAUCCCCUUCUGCUCGAUGUUCACCAUGGCCCUUCUAGGAAACUGCACGCUCUUGUAUGUUAUCAAGACAGAGCCCUCCCUGCACAAGCCCAUGUUCUAUUUCCUCGCCAUGCUGGCCGUCAUUGACCUGGUUUUAUCCACCACCACCGUGCCGAAAAUACUGACCAUCUUCUGGUUUAAUUCCAGGGAGAUCAGCUUUAAUGCCUGCCUGGUGCAGAUGUUUUUCCUUCACUCGUUCUCCACUCUGGAGUCUGCUCUGCUGCUGGCCAUGGCCUUCGACAGGUACGUGGCCAUCUGCAACCCCCUGCGGUACGCCACCAUCCUGACCAAUUCAGUGAUAGCAAAGAUCGGGCUGGCGGCUUUGGCCCGGGCUGUUCUCCUAGUGCUCCCUCUGCCCUUCCUCAUGAGGAGGCUGCCCUACUGCGGGUCCCACGUCAUCUCCCAUUGCUACUGUGAGCACAUGGCCGUGGUGAAGCUGGCCUGUGCUGACACCAGGUUCAAUAACAUCUAUGGGAUCAUCGUAACUGUCUUCAUCGUGGGGCUGGAUCUGAUGUUCAUCUCCCUAUUGUAUGUCAAGAUCCUAAGGGCUGUCUUAAGCCUGGCAUCCAAGGAAGAGCAGCUCAAGGCUUUCGGCACUUGUGUUUCCCACCUUUGUGCCAUCUUAGUAUUCUACAUCCCCGUGGUCCUCUCCUCAACAAUACACAGGUUCGGGCGCCAUGUCACCCCGUACAUACACAUCCUGCUGGCCAAUUUCUACCUCCUCUUUCCUCCCAUGAUGAACCCCAUUGUGUACGGUGUGAAAAGCAAACAGAUUCGUGACCGGGUGCGUCUCCUGUUCCGAGGGAAGAGCUUCUAGGGUGAGCAGGAGGGGGCUGCUGAGUGAUCAGGAAGCAGAGGAUGCAGGAGAGGUUUUCUGAGUAACUUAGACAGUAUGUUAGUGGGGGCUUUGUGUACGCUGGGAUGGGAACUGUAUCUGCCCCUGACGUUCCGUCCGCUCUGAGAUUCAGCAACACAGCAAGGGCCAUUUAGGCGCCAGAAUAAGUGCUGAGUGCUGGGCUCUUCUGUCCCAAACGGGCCACCAUUGCUGGGUGCCUUUAACUUUUUUUUUUUUUUUUUUUUGUAAAUCUGGCCUUAGUUGUGGUUUCUGAACAUUUCAGAGUCUAUCCCCAGUGGUUUAACCCUACCACACAGCAGCACAAUGCACCAGGUCAAGAGAGGGGGGCGAGGAAAGGUGUCAAAGAGCACUUCGAAACUCCCCAAAUCCUUACCAGAGUGAUCUGAGGCACAAAGUAUUCAAAGUUCACUUUCUGAUACUGACUAUAAAUAUGAAACAGAGUAGUGUGUGUGUGUGUGAAUAAAAUACUUGGGAAAAGUAUUGCUAUCACCUUGCUCUACUUUGCUAUCACCUUUGUUCCUGUUGCCUAAUAUAUGCUGGAUAUCAUAUAGAUCUAUAUCACAUUCAUAAUCUGUAUUUUCUGCACCAUAUAUAUAUAUAUACUAGUAGUACGCAUUAAGUACCAAUAGCAUUAACCACAAAUAUUGUAGCAAAAGAACUAGAUAAGUUUAAAAAAAAUAGAUAUGUUCAUGGAGGACAGGUCCAUCAGUGGCUAUUAGCCAGGAUGGACAGGGAUGGUGUCCCUAGGCUCUGUUUGCCAGAAGCUGGGAAUGGGCGGCAGGGGAUGGAUCACUUAGAAUCAUAGAAUAUUAGGGUUGGAAGAGACCUCAGGAGGUCCGUGACAUUAUUGACACCAACUGUGACAGUAUAGACCAUUGUUGCAACCAAGAUCCUGUAGUCACACCAAAUCUUGUACAAAGGAGGUCAAGUAAGGUGUCGAUGAGGAGGUUAUGAUUUGCUGGUUAUGUUUAUACUAUCUGGCUGCAUG